GCGGGCGGAGAUUGGCCUGUCCUCAUCUCUGUGACUCCUUCUUGUCUCAAUCAGUCACUGCGUGGUCUUCAUGGUUCUCAAACCACUGCACGGAGAGCCAGCCAUGCAAGCAACUCGGGCAUCCGCUAUCAGUGUGUUUGCAGACUGCAGCAUCCCGGCGGGCCUGCGGAUAGGACCGGUGCCUGGCGUCUUCAAACUAGGGAAAUACGUUACUGAUCGCAAAGAAGUCGUAACCAAGAGAAAGAUUCGGCUGCUGAGGGGCGAAAUCGUGGAUGAAUCAGGUUGCCCUGUGCCAGACUGGAUUGGGUGUAUCCGGGCGGCCAGAAACAGUCAAGAACAGAACUUGGAGGCUGUCUCAGAUCUACCUAGUGGGCAGAUUUUCUAUCGUGUGCUGACGGAGAUCCCAGCAGGCGAGGAGCUGAGUGUGUGGUACUCCAACACUCUGGCUCAGUGGUACGACAUCCCUACCACUGCCACUCCAACACACGACGAAAAAGGUGAAGAACGCUACAUUUGCUGGUACUGCUGGAGAAUAUUUAAAUAUCCCAACACACUGAAGGCCCACGUCCAUUUCCACUGCGCUCUGAGCAACGGGCGGAGCUUUGUGAACAGCGAGCAGGCCAGGAGCACAGACAGCUUCAGCAGGUCACCCAAAUCCGGGGACAUUCCCUACACCUCCGCCUCGCCCAGGAACGGCCACAACACCUCCAUAUCAGACUCUGUCAGACGGACCGUGUCUUCCUCACCUUUCCUCAACAAAGUUGGCGUAUCAAAGAAACCCAGCUCUGAGGAGCAGGACAGAGCACUUGACAUGAGCGUUACCUCGGCCAGAAACCACGGACAUCUCAUGGGCCUUGGCGCAACGUCUUCAAUGUUGAGCAACAUGGGGUUCCACCCAGGCGUGCGCUCUGCAUUCAAGCCCAUGGGCCAAUCCAAGGUCCCCACGGCUGAAGUCUACAGAGAGGAAACUAAUGGGAAGCAUAAUGGACUAGGCUUCAGCAAACUCAUGGGGAACAUGAAAUCAACGCGAGCCUUGAAUGAACCUUUGAUCGGAAGCCAUCCCUCCAAGUGCGUCCAUCCAUUAGAUUCUACAUCUCCCGUGGUCCCGUGCGCAAACACCAUCAGGGGUUUUCCGUUAAUACCUAAUUUUGAGGAGACAUCGGCUUUCAAGCACGUGGAGAGCCGAAUGCACUCUGGACUGUCCCCCUCGCGCUACUCUCACAUGUCCUCUGGAUUCCAUUUUGAGAGGUUUUCUCUGCCUCAGUUUGAUGGCGUCAAGCCAUAUAAUGGAGAUUGCAAUAUCCCCCUCAUGCCAUUCACCGUGUACAAUGGCGAGCUGCUUUAUAGUUCACCAUACUACCCACUGAAAUUCCAUUUGAGCAAUCUCCUAAAAUACCCGGAGACAAUGUCCUACUUUGGCGCACCUGCACUCAACCAAGACCUGGGUUCAAUUACCAACAUUGACAGGGAGAUAGCCAUGCACACUCAACAGUUGUCUGAAAUAGCCGUUGAAAAGAACCGAACCAGGCUCGACUCUAUGCCCACUGCUAACACAGGCUCAGGGAAGCCCAAAAAGGGACACUUAUGUCUUUACUGUGGUAAACUGUACUCUCGGAAAUACGGACUCAAGAUUCACAUGAGAACUCACACAGGGUACAAACCGUUGAAGUGCAAAGUUUGUUUUCGGCCCUUCGGUGACCCCAGCAACCUGAAUAAGCACAUCCGUCUGCACGCGGAAGGGAAUACCCCGUACAGGUGCGAAUUCUGUGGCAAGGUGCUGGUGCGCCGGAGGGAUUUGGAGCGUCAUGUCAAAUCAAGGCACCCUGGACAAACAAUCAAAAAAGCUGAGGACAAAACCGAGGGCAUAUUCGAGGAUCAAGAGCAAAAGAGCGACAAUGACAGCGACGUUGAUGUAUGCUUCACCGAUGAUCAGAGCGACCAAGAAUCCAGUAAAAUAGAUGAUUAAUUGAGAUUUUGACACGAAUAUGGCAAAGACGGCAUAAUGUUUUGUGAAAUGGUUACAGGUUACCUGUACAUAUUUCUGUGUAACUUAUGAUUUCCCCAAGGAGCGAAAGUUAUUUAUGUAUGUUUUAAAGCUAUUGAAAAUGUAAUUGUUAAUACAAAAAAAAAAUCAGAUUAGGACUAGACAAUUUUCAAAUGAGCUUUUUCUUUUACAACAAUGUCCUAUUCGUUUCAGAUGGAACAAAGUAUAGGCAGUAUGAUUUCAGAAUUGUAUAAUAUCACAGCUGAUGAUAAUGAAUUUAUUUUUGUAUACGCUAAUUGGUAGCCAAUAUGUUCCCCAAAUAGAGGUCGGCUGCACUUUAAAACACUUACUGCUAUUUCUUUUUCAUUCAUUUCAAUUACAAUUACUUAAAUGUUGCACUUUCUUGCGAGGGCAUUUAAUUGUUUUUAGGGCAAAGUUGAAAAGGCUCAGCAAAUAUUUAUAGCAGUUAGUACUAAUCCAUUAUUUAAGGAUCUUGUUUAUAGUAAAAAAUGACAUCUGAUUUAAACAGCAUCAUGUACAAAUCUAAGAAUAUGAUAUUUCACUGCUCAGUGAAAAAGUGUUGUAUGUUUGUUCAUAAGUGAUAUUGUAUAUUGACAAUAUUUUCCUCUUGUUCAUUGAGUUGUUCCUUUUUAAUAAAUGUAAUUUAAAACUUUGAAAUGGUUUGUAAUUUGAUUCA